AUGGAGAAUNCGUACGUGGGAAGGUUAACGCAGAGCACGGGUUUUCACCGAGGGCCCUGCAGGUCCUGCCAGGGGCUGGGGCGGGCGGUGGGGUGGCCGCGGCGUGGGCAAAGGGAGACGAAGCCUCGGUCCUCAGGACACAGCGCCACAUGGAAAGCACCCGGCCGCAGGGGUCAAGACAGGAGGUGGCACCUCUCAACUAGUUCUCCGAAUCCCUGGGAGGAAGGGGCCGGGGGAAAACCCGGAACGCAGUGGGCGAGGCCCGUGAGGCAGGCGCUUCUGCGCAUGCGCGAGGGCCCUGGCCUGGGAGCGGAAACCCGGGCGGGCGCCAGGGCACCUGCGGCCCCCGGAGCUCGCAGGGGCCCAGCCCCAGCAGACAGGGCGCAAGCGUUUGCAGUGGAGAAGCGGAGCGAGGCUGCCCGCGCAGAAAGUAAAGCGCUUUCUCUCCUCUUCCCCAUCCAGUUCAGCAGGAGUGCCGACGCCCCCGCCUACCAGCAGGGCCAGAAUCCGGUCUACAACGAGCUGAAUGUCGGCCGAAGAGAGGAGUAUGCAGUCCUGGAUAGGAGAGGGGGCUUCGACCCUGAGAUGGGGGGGAAACCGCAGAGGAAGAAGAACCCCCACGAAGUCGUGUACAAUGAGCUAAGAAAAGACAAGAUGGCGGAGGCCUACAGUGAGAUCGGGAUGAAGAGUGACAACCAGCGGCGAAGAGGCAAGGGGCAGGACGGUCUUUACCAGGGACUCAGCAAGGCCACCAAGGACACCUAUGACGCCCUCCACAUGCAAGCCCUGCCCCCUCGCUAACAGCUGCUGGAGUUUCAGCACUCACAGGCCAGACCUGUAGACGGCCAGAUUGUCAAAGAUACAGGAUAAAGCAUUUAUAACCCAGUUCACUCAUAUUUCUCCACCACCCAAGUAUUUCUGAGUGGGAUGCUUCAAGUUGUAACAUUCGGUCACACCCAAUUCCAAACUCACACAGAAUUUUGUCCUUGGAUGCUGGGAGAGUGCAUCCCCAUGCCCUUCCCUGAGGAGUCCACUGUGAGCGCACCUUGUUCUCAGGUCUUCUGGUUUCCUGGAGACCGUAGGCAGACCCUACUCCCUGCAGCUCCAGGUUCUUAACUGGGAGGCGGGCCUCCUCCCUCUCAAACAUAACUGAAUUCAGGCUGUGUUUUGUGAAGUCCCCAGAGAAACCACAAAUGUUAGUGCCCGUCCAAACAGUCUGUAUCGUCCUGUCCGCUUUUGAGUAGCUUUGCCCCCGCUGUAAAUUUGGCUUCAGCUGUUACCGUGCCCCCUGAUUUCAAGGUAACUGGUGAUCGGGCCAGGAAGGGGGCAGAGGGGAAGGUGGGAGUAGGUGGCAGUUGGUAUUGGUAGACAGGGGUGGGAGCAGGGGAGUCAGAGGCCUGGGGGGCGUGAAGGAGCCCUCCUGCAAUCAAGUGCACAUUCCCCGUGAUAGAAUCUAUGCCAGGCCCUCUUUUGGGACCGAGAGACGAACAAGCCUAGCCGUGCCCUCAAGGAGCCCAUGCUCUCACAGGGAAGCGAGCUGUGAAGAGUCUGGGAUGAGAGAACAGAGCGGUGUCACUGCAGAUGUUGAACAGGUGAGCUGGCAGCGAGAGAAGCAAGACCACGUUCUUUGCAGCCACUUGCUCACCUCAUGGAAUGAGACAAACCCAUCUCAUCAAAUGGGGAAGGCCUUGAAGGACGACUUGGUAUAGCUCGAACCUAGAAAGAUCCCAAAGGACAGUGGCAUCACAAAAAGAGCCUCAGCUGACGUGUUAGAACAGAGCUGUGUAAUAAAAGGGCACAUGGUGAUGGAUGGAAAACCCACUCUGCUUGGUCUUAAUUUAUGCUGGUUUGCUAGAGCCUUACUCUUUUGCAUAAUAAAUAACUUUAGUGAAAAUGC